AUGGUCAAGAACCUGGUCGAGAAGGGACCUCUCUCGAAGCCCCUGAUAGUCUACAACAGGACUCAAUCCAAAGCCAUCGACCUUGCAAAGACCCUGUUACAGCAGAUAAUUCCUGUAUCAACAGUCAAGGAGGCAGUGGAAAAAGCUACUAUUAUAUUCAUCUGCCUUGGUGAUGACCCUGCUGUCGAGAGUACUAUCGACACUGCCUUGAAAUCAACAGAUGUCAAAGGUAAACUGUUUGUCGACUGCUCUACAGUCUCUCCAGAUACAACCAGGCGCCUGGCUCAACUCCUUGAAUCCUCGGGUGCCUCCUUUGCUGCCUGCCCUGUAUUCGGAGCACCGUCAGCAGCAGAGGCAGGCAAACUGGUCUGUGUCCUUGCCGGGCGCAAGGAAUCCGUUGAACGUGUAAAGCCCUUUUGCACCGGUGUGAUGGGCCACGCUAUCAUGGAUCUAUCUACAAAGUCAGAGGACCCCGGAAAGGCUUCCAUGCUAAAGGUCCUUGGCAACAGUGUGAUAUUCCGGAUGGUUUCUGCAGUCUCUGAAAGCUUGGUUGUUGCUGAGAAGUCUGACCUUGGUGUCGAGUCAAUACAUUCUUUCCUCGAACUCUUCUUCCCGGGGGCGGCGGUGGCUUACUCGAACAGGAUGGUAUCCGGCAUGUAUCACACGCUGGAAGAACCUCUUUUUGCAGUCGACUUGGCGCGAAAGGAUACAAGACAUGCCAUGGACAUGGCGAAAGCUGUAGGUGUCAGGAUGAAAGGCGUGGAGGUGCUGGACGAAGCAUUACAAGCCGCCAAGUAUCAUCCAGGAGCAAAGGGAGAUCUGUCUGCUAUCUACGGCGUCGCAAGACAGGAUGCUGGAUUGAAGUUCGAGAACAAUCAGUUAGGGCAAUAG